CCUCUCGUACUUCUGGGAUGGAAGACCCGGUGGAGCUGCUGUUAUAUUCUCCCACAGCUAGAGCCCUGACUAGGGGUCACUUGAGAGAGCAGCCGGCAAUGUAAAGCUAGCUCCCAGGCAAAAAAAAGACUGAUUUUUUGUAGAAAGAGGAGGGGGGCUGGAGGAGUGGCCAAGGGGAGGAAGCGUAGAGCGCCAGCAGCUAAUCACAGACAGCUGAGGAGGAACAGAGUGAAAGACUUUAGAGGCUGCGUUCAGGGAACACCAAAAAGGAAAAGGAGAGCAGGCCGUUCACCAUGAGCAACUACGAGAAGCUGAAAGAGGACCCCAUCACUCAGGAUCCACCUCCUUACUCUGACAAAGACUCACAACCAACUAAAGACCCUAAGCCAACUAAAUCUCUUUCUGGAUCAGAACCCCAUUGCAUGGGCUGGCCCUCUAACCCUGUGCCAUCCCAGUACCAACAUUAUGUUGCAGCUGGUACAGGAUCCCACCAAGUUUCGAUCCUUCAACCUCCGCAGGCCACCAUCAUCAUUCGUGGUCCACCUGCCAAUGAGCCUGAUUACUUGGCCUACUCUAUCUGUACCAUGCUUUGCUGCUGCCUCCCCCUAGGCAUUGCUGCCUUGGUUUACUCUAUCAAGACCCAAGAAGGGAACUUUAAUGGAGAUGUGAUAUCUGCCAAGCGAAACUCCAGGAUGGCUCGCAUCUUGAACCACACAGCCCUCGGAGUGGGGUGCUUCUGUGUCGUUAUGUAUAUCAUCAUAAUUGCAACUUUGUAUUGGCAACUGAAAAACCAGCACCCACUUGACUGAGGAUUCACUGCACAGCCUCCACAUUGCGAAAGACCUCCCCACGGUUGCACUACCAAGAAGAAGGCCUGGUUGGAUGCUGUGCUUUAUGAAUCAUUCCAUAGCAGGAAGUGCUAAAGGACUGAAUCACACGUACAGGCUUAUCACAUGAUUUCUGUUUAUUUUACUUGAUGACCAAUAAUGGGAUGUGUGUUCAAAGCAUUGUCCCUAAGCUGACAUCAAGUGCUCUUGGAAGUUCUACCUAGGGGGGAAAUUGUAAUAUCCUAUACUCUGCCAUAUAUUUCUAUACACAUUAUAAUUUUUUAAAAACAAGGAUUGGUUUUAUAAGAGAUUCUGAAAAAUAAAAUGUUAUGAAACAGGAUCUGGCGGCAAUAUGCAUGCUCCAUUUACAAUUAUAGAUCAGAGAUGGGAAAAUACAGACAUAAUAUAAAGCCAAAAUAUACCUUUGGUAUGUGAAUGUGUGGAAGUGAGUGACUAGAACUGUUUAUUACAUAGGGGUAAUGGUUAAACAGAGACGCGGCUGGCACUGUGGUCUGAACCACAGAGCCUAGGGGCUUGCUGAUCAGAAGGUCGGCGGUUCGAAUCCCUGCAACGGGGUGAGCUCCCAUUGCUCGGUCCCUGCUCCUGCCAACCUAGCAGUUUGAAAGCACGUCAAAGUGCAAGUAGAUAAAAAGGUACCGCUCCGGCAGGAAGGUAAACAGCGUUUCUGUGCACUGCUCUGGUUCGCCAGAAGCGGCUUAGUCAUGCUGGCCACAUGACCCGGAAGCUGUACACCGGCUCCCUCGGCCAGUAAUGCGAGAUGAGCGCCGCAACCCCAGAGUUGUCCGUGACUGGACCUAAUGGUCAGGGGUCCCUUUACAUUUACCUAAUGGUUAAGCAAGGCACAGUUGUGAAACAGGAACCCUAUUCUACCAAAGCAAAGGAAUAAAAAUAUUCAAAUGUUCUACACAUCUUCUUUUUUUGACAUCUUUAUUGAAAGUUCAAAAAGUACAUAAUUAUAUGUGUACUAAACAUUGUGAGACAUAAAUAAAAGAGAGAGAAAGAAAAAGAGAAACAGAACCUGUGUAGAAGGGAAAACACAGCUGGGGGGGGGGCAAUGCUGUAUACUUUACAAGGUUGUUAUUGUACUUCACCAGAUCUUAACCUAUUACAGUAUUUGUAAGAAUGGAUUCCAGAUAUCAUUGAUUCAAUCUUAUGCAACAAAAAAAAACAGCCAUCAAAAUAUAUGAAUCUUUGUUAUUAGCAAACCAAUUUGAUAUAAAGGUACUGAGGGUGGAUUGGAAUAAAGAUUUAGAGAUCCCCAUUUCGACCCACAGUGGGAAACUGUUUUAACUGCUGUAACAAGGCUGUCUCUGGACCUUAGAUUGAGGCUCAUACAACAAAAAAUAAUAUUUAGAAUAUACUGGACCCCAUUACGUUUGUUUAAAAAAAGACUAUCUAAUGUAUCUAACUGUUGGAGAUGAAUAGGAUAAUGCUUCUCUAAAACAUACGUUUUUUCAUUGUCUUAUAUUGAAAGAUUUUUUGGCAGAAGGUAAUUGAAACUAUCAACAGAACUGUACAGAACAACCUUACAUUUACAGAGCAAAAUAUCCUCUUGAAUUAUAUAGCCAGCACAUGCAACCUUACAAAAAGACAAUACGAGUGGACUCUCCAUGCCCUUACCACAGUAAAAAGACUGAUACUGAUGAAUUGGAAAAAUAAAAAUGCGACUCCCUUCUACGAUUGGAUUGAAGACUUAUACAAACUUGCAACAUAUAAACAACUUGCAUUACAAAGUUACAGGUAGGUUGGUCUGACGUAGUCAAAACAAAAUAAAAAAAAUCCUCCCAGUAGCACCUUAGAGACCAACUAGUCUCUUAAGGUGCUACUGGCAGGAGUUUUUUUUAUUUUGCAUUACAAACGCAGACUUGCCAUGGACAAAUGCUCUACACUUAGCAAGCGACAGACAUCAGGAGUGAUUCCUUUCAGAUACACAAACAUUCCAAGUAGGAAUGAUUAGGUUGUAUCCAGUGCUUCCCCUACUCAGAGUAUACUCAUUGAAAUUAAUGGAUAUGACUGACUUAGGUCCAUUCUUUUCAGUGGGGCUACCCUGAGUAGAAUUCAGUUGGAUACCACGCAGAGUCCCAUGGACAAUGGCCAUGUUAGUUGCCCUAGAAUUGGCAACAAUAAAAUAUAACGAUCCAUGCCCAACAAAGUUGGAUUUAGGACAGUGUGACCGCUUCUGCUGCACCGGGCACCACAACUAUGGCAUGGUGAAUUGAGCAGAAUGGAAAGCAAAAGAAGGGAAGCACCAGAUGCUGCUCAGCACUGCUGGGUCUGGUGCCUAAAUUCUCCCAACGUUUCACCAACAGGAGUACAUGCUUAUCAUAACCGUCUUCUCAUCCCACAAAUUCCAGCCCAAGCCCUGCAGAACACAGACAGGGAAGGUGUGGCCUGGGGCCAAACAGUGAGGCCUGGAGCAGGACAUUGGGCACCCAGUCCUGAAGCAGCGCCCCAUCCCUGCCCUAAAGCUAAAGAAAAAAAUGUGCUUUGAACAUUAAUUAGUAAACGCCAUCUAUUCUAUUCUUGCAGUCUUGUGUUUCAAAGGCAAAUACUGCAAUUGUAUGCUGCUUCCGUUCCGGAAAUCGGUUCGACUUCCAAAACCAAAUCAUGGCUUCUGAUUGGCUGCAGGAAGCUCCUGCAGCCAGUCAGAACCGCAGAAGCCUCGUAGAACGUUUGACUUCCAAAAAGAGUUCACAAACCAGAACAGUCACCUCCAGGUUUGCGAUGUUUGGGAGCCAAAAUUUUCGGGAACUAAGCUGUUCGAAAACCAAGGUACAAUUGUACAUAUUUUAUGAUUGGGGUGUAUGCAGUUUUAGGGGCGGGGUCAUUGCCAAUUUCCUUGUUCUCAGCCACUCAUACUUCUGGUUUGGAAGGCGCAGUGGAGCUGCUGUUCUAUUCCAGAGACAGAGCACGGACUAGCAGCCACCUGAGCAGAGCAGCCGGCAAUGUAAAGCC